AUGUCAUUCCGCCUGAGCACAUGCAGCACAAGCCUACGGGCCCCUCUCGCCCGUCUCACAACAACGCCCGUCACCCGCCGUCACCUCAGCGCCUACGGCUACGAGCAAACCAAAGUACUAGCCUUCACCAACUAUGGCGAGCCAAAAGACGUCCUGCGCCUCCACGGCCACAGCAUCUCUCCCGCCCACAAAGACCUCGUAACCCUCCGCUUCCUCGCCUCUCCCAUCAACCCCGCAGACAUCAACCAGAUCCAAGGUGUCUACCCCAGCAAACCAACCUUUAGCACCACUCUCGGAGCCCCCGAACCCACUGCUGUAGGAGGCAAUGAAGGUGUCGCCGAGAUCAUCUCCGCCGGAGGCAGUGUCAAGGGCUUCCAACGAGGUGACUGGGUCAUCAUGCGCAGCCCUGGUUUCGGCACCUGGCGCACUCACGCUCAAACCACCACCGAGAACCUCCUCAAGAUCGAAGACAAGUCAGGCCUCACACCUCUCCAAGCUGGUACUGUCAGUGUAAACCCCUGCACCGCCUACCGCAUGCUCAAAGACUUUGUACCGCUCAAGGAAGGCGACUGGUUCAUCCAGAACGGCGCCAACUCAGGCGUCGGCAGGGCAGCAAUUCAACUGGCAAAGCUCUGGGGCUACCGCAGUAUCAACAUCAUCCGCGACCGUUCCGACCCCUCGGCCACAGAAGCAAUGAAGCAAGAAUUGAAAGAUUUGGGUGCAGACAUCGUCCUCACAGACUCAGAAGCAAUGGACAAGUCCUUCCGUAACGUCAUCAAGGAAGCUACAAACGGCGGUCGCGAACAAAUCUCUCUGGCCCUGAACUGUGUAGGUGGAAAACUCGUCAACAGUAUGGCCAAGGUCCUGGCCGACAACUCACACAUCGUGACAUACGGCGCCAUGUCGCGUGAACCCGUCACAGUGCCCGCCGGCCUCCAGAUCUUCAAAAACAUUUCCUACGAUGGAUUCUGGGUGAGCAGAUGGUCAGAAGCAAACCCAGAGGAAAAGAAAAAGACUGUUGAACAUGUCUUGGAUCUUGUGCGAGAGGGCAAGUUCAAGGACACGCCUUUUGAUGAGGUCAAAUGGGAGUGGGAGACUAAGGGAGAAGAGUUGAUUAAGGCUGUGCAAGGCACCUUGCAAGGCUUUAGAUCUGGCAAGGGUGUCUUUGUGUUUGGCAAGACCUAA